AUGUUCCAGACUUUUCAAGCGCAGAGAACUUCUGCUCCACAUUUUGAAAUGAAAACUAUUCUUGCUACAGCAUUGGUUUUAAUUUUUUCGCAAGUCACUUCUGGUUUAGGUGUUUUACCAUCCUUGCGUAAGCAAGUCUUUGAGAACUUCGUAUGUCCUCAACCAGACGGAGUAUUUCCAAGUGAAAUUUGCACAGACUAUUACCUGUGCGUAGAUGGAGUGAGCCACUGUCCAGGCGAUUCAGUCUAUGACCCUACAACGCAAGUGUGUAUUUUAUACGGCUCCUGCCAAAAUCCUCCUACGCAACCAACAGUUGCCUCCACCGUGACUACUGAACGCCCAACGACAACUGUAGCGUCUACGACAACAACUACGCGAUCUUCCACGACAUCCUCUCCUACCCCACCUGGAUUCGUCUGUCCGGAAUCUAACGGAUUCUUUCCUAAUCCAGAAAUGCCGUGUUCAGCUUCUUACUAUACUUGCAUAAGUGGAAUUUCCUACUUAUCGUAUUGUCCAGAAGGUUCUGUUUUUGACCCAGUGACAUUGAUAUGCGUCUCGGCUGAUUCGGCUUCCUGUUCCCAAGAAUUCGAGUGUCCAGCCGAUAACGGUUCAUUUCCCGUACCAGGAGAAUGUACUUCCGUAUUCUAUACAUGCAUCUCUGGCAAACCCUACGAACAGAACUGUCCUACAGGCUACAUCUUUGAUCCGAUUACCUUGAAGUGUGUUCCAGAGGAAAACGCGUCUUGCUAAGUAGUGCUAUUUAGCCUGAAAAAGGAAAGUCAGUUUUCCUGAUGAUUAUUAUGACAGCUGACGCAACACGAUGCUCUUACUAAAUAUUCUGUAUAUCAAUUAUUGUCUACGAUUAUAUGGAUUGCUCCUCCUUCCGCGGCUUAAGGUAUGAAGAAUAAAUUCCAACACCUUUUGAAUUAGCUUUGAAAUGUAAACGGCAGGUGUAAGCUCUUCAAAGAGUCUAUGUAUUCUUUAUAGUUCGAUUUAUGAUUUCGCAAUUUUUUGCUGAUAACUGACUAGAGUUGACUAUUUGCCAGUAUAAUAAAGUCAUUGUUCAUGA